UCCGCGGGGCGGGACGCGGCGCUUCCGCCUCGGGGGAAACGGCGAUGGACGCGGGCGGCGGGGCGCUGGGGAAGAGGAGAGGCACCGCGCGGCCGCACGGCAAAUCCCGGCCGCAGUCCUGCCAGAGCCCCAGCGGGCUGCUCGUCACCGACUUCCCGGUGGAGGACAGGUGCGCCUUCACCCUCGCGCAGCCCGCGGCCACCGUCAGCGCCGCGCGCCGGGGGGGUUCUCCGCGCCUCCCCGCCCGCGUGGGCUCCGAGCCGCCGGCCGGGCUGCUAGCGCUGCUCUCCAGCGCGUCUCUCGGCUUCGUCGCCAACGGCGCUUUCCCCGGCGGCCCGCCGCCCCGAGAGGCUUGCAGAGAAGCCGAGGGUGUCUCCCGUGCCGUGACCCCGGAGCGAAGCGUCGCAGCCCCGGCCCCGCUCCCCGAGCGGCUCGCCGUCACGCUGAGCACCAACAGCCCCGCCGCGCUCAAGGUGGGCACGCAGCAGAUCAUCCCCCGCAGCCUGGCGUCUGGUAGCAAGGCGACCCACAAGGCUGGCGGGCACGGCGCGGACGCGGGCAGGAGGGUGCUGAAGGCGCGCAGCAUGGUGGAGAGCCCCGGGGUGCCGCUGGGCGCCGAUGAGGAAACCGAGGGUGAGCCGGACAGCCCGGGCGUGCUGCGGCGUGGCCUGCGCUCCACCUCCUACCGCCGGGCCGUGGUGAGUGGCAUCGACCUGGACGGCUCCGCCAACUUCAAGAAGAAAAACAGAAUGUCUCAGCCCAUACUGAAGGCCGUUGUUGAAGAUAAAGAGAAGUUUUCCAGCCUGGGGAGGACAAAGAAGAAAACGCUGAAAGGACAAGGGACGUUUGAUGGGGAAGAGAAUGCUGUGUUAUAUCAGAACUACAAAGAAAAAGCUCUGGACAACGAUUCUGAUGAGGAGUCUGAGCCCCGAGAGCAGAAAUCGGAUGAAAAGGUUAUUUUUCCCUAUAAGCCCCUGAGAUCAACGUGGAGUCAGCUAUCAGUUGUGAAAAAGAAUGGAUUAUCAGAAGCGAUCAGCCAGGAAGAAAGAAAGAGGCAAGAGGCCAUAUUUGAAGUGAUAUCUUCUGAGCAUUCUUACUUGCUGAGCUUGGAGAUUCUGAUCCGCAUGUUUAAAAAUUCCCGGGAGCUGAGCCUCACGAUGACCAAAACGGAGAGCCACCACCUUUUCUCCAAUAUCACAGAUGUUUAUGAAGCAAGUAAAAAGUUCUUCAAAGAGCUUGAAGCAAGGCAUCAGAACAACAUCUUCAUUGACGAUAUUAGUGAUAUUGUGGAAAAGCAUUCUUCCUCCACGUUUGAUCCUUAUGUAAAAUACUGCACUAAUGAAGUCUAUCAGCAGCGAACGCUUCAGAAAUUGCUAGCUACAAAUCCAGCAUUUAAAGAGGUGUUGUCACGCAUUGAGUCCCAUGAAGACUGCAGGAAUUUACCGAUGAUCUCCUUCCUCAUUCUCCCUAUGCAGAGAGUUACUCGUCUUCCAUUGCUGAUGGAUACCAUUUGUCAGAAAACUCCUAAAGAUUCACCGAAAUAUGAGAACUGCAAGCAGGCUCUGAAGGAAGUGAGCAAGUUGGUGCGUUUGUGCAAUGAAGGUGCUCGGAAAAUGGAAAGGACAGAAAUGAUGUACACGAUUAACUCCCAGCUGGAAUUUAAAAUCAAGCCAUUUCCAUUGGUUUCUUCUUCACGAUGGUUAGUGAAAAGGGGAGAGUUAACAGCCUACGUAGAAGACACGGGACUUUUCUCUAAAAGGACUUCUAAACAGCAGGUGUACUUCUUCCUCUUCAAUGAUGUCCUCAUCAUCACCAAGAAGAAGAGUGAGGAGAGUUACAACGUCACAGAUUAUUCCUUAAGGGAUCAGCUGGUGGUCCAGCAGUGUGACAGUGAGGACCUGACCUCUUCUCCCAUGAAGAACACUUCAGCCAUGCUGUACUCACGGCAGAGCUCCCCAGUUCACCUCUUCAGGCUGUCUGUCCUCAGUAACCAUGCAGGAGAGAAGGUGGAGAUGCUUUUGGGAACAGAAACUCAGAGUGAAAGAGCUCGCUGGAUUACAGUGCUUGGACAAGACAGAGACAGGCAGAGCACAGACAGAACCACUUUGACACAGGUAGAGAUCAUCAGAACUUACACAGCAAAGCAGUCAGACGAGCUGUCUCUUCAAGUGGCUGAUGUUGUUUUGGUUUAUCAAAAAGUGAAUGAUGGUUGGUAUGAAGGGGAACGACUGCGGGAUGGUGAAAGAGGGUGGUUUCCCAUGGAGUGUGCCAAGGAAAUCACGUGUCGUGCCACCAUUGACAAGAACAUGGAGCGCAUGGGGCGUCUGCUGGGACUUGAAACCAACGUGUAGAUGAUUUCUGCAUCCUCAUAUUGUGCUGCAGGAUUUGCACUGAACUGCUGUCAGCGGGGGCACAGCUGCACACACUACAGCUCUUGCAUGGAAGACGUGAGGCCCAGAUGCAUUAAAUACAGUGACAGCACUGAUACUCAGCCCUUUUGAUUCGCAUUUUGAGAGCUAUGAACUGACGCCUGGCUUCAGUAAUGGCAGUUUCUAUGAGAAUUAGAUUCCUGGGCAGUGGAGAUCAGCCAUUCUUUGUUCUUAAAAUGAGAUUUCCCUUUCAGCUUUGGUUCCCUCAUCCCUGUUUGUAUUCUUUUUCCAUCUGUUUUCUUGAUGAUUUUCACUUUCUUUCUUUUAAAUUUAAAACCCCUCUCUAGCAGGCUGAAUGCCAGAAGCUCACCAAAUAAAUGCAUACACUGAGCUGGAAGGAGAACAGGAGCGUAACAGUGGGGGAACAGAGUUCCAGCUCCUAAAAACUGCAGUGUUACAUUCCCAGAACCAGAAACGGUGUCAAAUGGGAUACUUCCCUGUGUUGUCAAAACCUUUGUUUAACCUGAGCUGCAAGAAGCAGCAUGUAAUUGAUGAAGGACUGCCUGUCCAGCAGCAGCCCAGGGUGAGCCAGAUUCUGUAGGACACAGUGAGUUACUGAGCUGAUGAGCUCCAGGGGAGCCAGCCGGAGCUCGUGUGGUGGUGCUGUGCUGUGUGUUUCUCAUACAGCUCGUGCUCUCUUCCUGCUGCUCCAGAAAGGAAUUGUGAAAGCAAGCAAGAGGAACCAGCUUUUCAAAAUAAAGAUGAGUGUCUCAUUCUCUGAUACAUUUUUUAGCAUGAACAUCAGACUCGAGCUUGUUUUCAUUAAGAAUAAUAAUAUACAGAGAUUGAGCCCUUUGAUGUCCUUCUACCAGUGUCCUCCUUAUGUGCCUUACGUUGUUCCUCUAGGAGGAGUUUCCUGGAAUCCAGUUUGUGCUGAGUGCAGAGGCUGUUCUGUCCUGUGUCUCCACUCCAAAAGCUCUUCAAGCUCUGGCUGCCUUUGUGGCAGCGAUUGCUUUGCCAGUAUUCUUUGCUAAGUUGGCCCUUUAAAGAUUGAGCCCCUUUUUUUUAAUACUUAGUACUAAAAAUAAUUUCAAGCUGUAGAAAUGCAGCCAUAUGCAUAACAUAGGAAUGUGGUUUUUUUCUCACUAGCAUCAACAACCUGAGCCCUGUGCUGUGGUUCAGAGCUGAGAUGCCUGCACUCACAGGCUCUUUCCUGGUGUUUUAAAGCACUGUAACUGCUGGAAAUCUGCCUGUUUUUAGUUUUUCCCAGGUGCUGAGUUACAUCUUCAUGCCAAGUUAUUGCCUGGAUGGGGCCUACAGUGAACAUGAAGUGCUUUUUCCUAUCUUUUUUUAAUUCUUCCUUCUUCCUCUGCUGCAGAAAUGAGUUUUUUCCUUCUGUGGAGGUAAAAGUUCACCGAACUGGAGUUCGCAGAAUAUCAUCAUUAGCAUUUGUUAGCAUCACCCUGAGUCCACAGGCAAAAGCAGAAGGGCAGUAAUAAGACCCACGGGGCUGAUGAAGCUGCUCAGCUUCAGCAUAGGAACUCAGGGCAGCAGCAAGGAGAGGUGUGGAAGCAGAGUGGGCAUCUCUGUCCUCUCCUACCCCAGAGCAGGAGGGGAGCCCUGGGCUGGAGGAGCUCUGACUGGUGCUGCUUCACACACACCCUUCUUGGCCUCUCACAGUUGCACUUCACACAACGCCUGCUUUUGCAUCUGCAAUUUAGCCUUGGAAUUCCACUGAAAAAAAAGAACUACUUAAUACGGUGUGAACAGAAUGCACUCAGAAUUAAGUCACUUCCAGCUCCUCCCUUCUGUAUGUAGAUGUGACAGUUUGUAUUAUAGUCAUCUCCACCUUCGUAUGGAGCGGCUCGUGACAGAGCAGGCUGCAGGCUGCAUUAAGCGAGAGAAAGAUGUGUGGUAGCAGGCAUGCUGUCAGUCCUCGUGGUUGUUAAAAGGUUCUGGACACUGCUUUACACAGAAUGUAAUGUGCUGAUGUGUGAAUAACUUUGUAAAUAUGUACCUCUGUAACAAUUGAAAAGCUGUUAGGAAGACAUUUGUACAGAAAUGCUUCCUUUGGCAGGCUGACAGCAGCUUCCAGCCUUCGGGAUUAAUUUAUAAGAAGUGGACUGAGAAAAUGGCAGUGAUACAGACUGAUCACUGAGCAAAGCCUUAUUUAACAUAGUAGAAAUACUGCUAAUAUUUUAACGAAGGACUUAUUGUACACAGGCAGAUGUUUAACACAUAACCGAAUGUAUAAAUCCAGGCAUUAAUUUUAUUCAGAUUUUUAAUACACUGUAUAUAUUUUUCAUACCUGUUUUUUCCAAAAGUGCUGUAAUAUUUUUUAAAAGCCUUUUUCUUAUUCUCAGACACGGUUCUUAAGGAAUCAAAGACUGUUAUGAUGUAAUAGGACAACAAUCAAUAAAAUCCUUACCAAAA